GGCAACGGAAGCAAGUCGUCUGCUCGGUCACCAACACCGAACAUUACAUUGUGAUUCCUCACAACAUUGGAAGCGUUUGGGAACUUUUCAGGGAAAAUAAACUAGAAUGGCUACGGGAAAUGGUCGUCUGUUACUUCUGGUACUUCUCGCCUUCGUUGCAGCCCUGCACCAACACUCAGCCGGUGCAAUGCGCCCACAACCCUUGGUGCGACGGUGGCCGCACCAAGCAGGAGGGCUUCAGCUUCAACCACGCAAAGACGAGGGGCGGAGCGUCCGCUACAAAGUUGACCGUCGUCGGCCUGAGAAAUAUUUUGCUGGGCCAUUGAACAGUCGACACGCCCGAGCUCCUCGUCCCCAGGCCUCCUCCUACCGCCCUUUCUCCCGCUUCAUGAACUCCGUCAGCGCGCCCAUCAUGAGAGCAGCGGGAGGCAUGAACUAUCCUUCAGAGCCCCGAACUUUCAGAAAUUUCAUGGGGCGCUUCAGACAACUCAUCGUCAAUCCCAUUAACCGUUACUCCAACUUCAAUCUCUGAGUCUGUCUCGAGGUAGAUGAUUUGAAGGCAGUUAGAGGAUGAUUUCCCCCUUCAUCAGGUUGAUGAGGAAUAUGAUUUCCGGGCGGUUGAUGAUGAGGAGGAUGGUGAGGAUGAUGGAAUAUGAUUUCCGGGCGGCUUGAGGAUGAUUUCCGUUUUAUCAUCCAUAUGAGGAUCAUGAUUCCAAAAUAGCCUGAGUAGGAUUUUCUCUUUUAUCAUCCUCUUGAGGAUGUGAUCUUGAAUGUAAGUUUCUGUUGCUGAUAUUUUGUUCGUUGUUGUUCCGCUAAGCGAUAACUAGUACUUUUAAGAUACCACUGCUCAGGAAUAUUGAUUUCUGAUUUUAAUUUAGAAGACAUUUGAUUAUGCCUAAGCUACACUGUGAAUAUCUUGUCGUGAAGAUAAGUACAGUGUGUUCAUUGUUAACUGAAUUUGUCUCAAAUAUAUGUUACUAAAACUGUCUGA